AUGCAUGUAAUGUUUGAUGUCAUAUUAUUCCUUAAUUUACCAAUUGAUAUUAGGCUUGAAGUUUAUAAGCAUUUGCUUGGGCAAUUUACUUGUUUAGAUCCGCUCUCAACCGGUCCGCGGGUUAGAAUAGACACACCUGAACAAUGGAAACUGCAAGAAGAGAGGUUUACGUUUUAUUUAGCUCAUUAUGAAUAUCUAAAUGAUUUUAUUCCUCGAUGGUUAAGCUACACACCAUGUUUGAGAUACGAUUGCAUAGUGUUGGAUUAUUUACGUAUAAACCUUUUAUACGAGUCCGGGUUAUCAAAGAUGCACUGGAUUGAACUUGACGAUGGAGAUCCUUACCUUGCAGCAUUUGAUAAUAGGGAAGAUGUACUACAAGUCUGGUACACACCAAGGGAAUAUGCUUCAUGGAUAAUAUGUAAAAGUCCCCAAGGAAUAGCGGAUGACAAUAAUGAAUUCACAACUACAAGUCUAGACCUUGGAUUACUAAAGAACUGUAAAUUAUUAUGUCAAAGCCUGCCCCAGCAAUACCUGGACUCUGUGAUUUUGGUGACUUUAACACAAGAGGAACUUAUUUCUGAGGGUCAUCUGCAUGAAUCAAUAAAAUACUUGAUAUCCCAUAUGGAACAAAUAAGGUACCUUCGUUGCAUAAGAGUACGAUCAGAUUUCUUACUAAGGAAGUUAAUCAAUUUAAGGGGUCACCGUGAUAAUCCUGGUCAUAUGAUACCUUAUACUGUGAGAAAACGUAUUCGUGAAAUAGAAGUACUAGGGCUACAAAAGGCUAUAGUGGAGAUUAACUUUACAAAAUGGGAGAACUGCCUAGUAUUGAAGUUGGAAAACUGCGCAAUCACAAUAGAUUUGAAUAAAAUAAUACUACCAAGACAGCUACGUUAUCUUUCAAUUAAGAAGGUACAAGCUGUCAAGUGGUGGAAUAUAAAAAAAGGCCUACUCCAAAGCAAUUUUGAUGAAAAGCGGGAAAAAGGUCGCGUAAUAAAAAUGAUUAACAAGUCCAUGAUAGAUCAAGAAAAGUACUUCAAGAUGCAAGAUCUGAUCACGGGUAAGCUCCAAAAUCUAAAUCACAUUACGAUACAAGAGGUUCAGGAGUUAUUACGUGAUAUUGUGGUACCAUCUAGGCUUUACUACAGUAACAGGGUGAAUAUCUUUCAAUGUCAUGUGGAUGAAAUUACAGUUGUAUAA